CGGCAUCUUCGAGAGACAGCAGGGAUCGGGACAACCGCGCUCAUCCCGACACAGGCCUGGACAAGGACCGCGAGGACAACCCAGCGGAGGACAGGUCACGUUGCAUACCUCGGGUUCGAGCUGUCUGUAAAAUUUAAGAUAAGUAUCUCAACGAGAUUACAACGAGAAUCGAUUCUGGAAUAAACGACUCAUUGUAUCGAAUUUCCUGCGAUAUAUCUAGAUACAUUGCAUAACCUAUAACCGAUAUUUCUAAAAGCUUUGUUUAAUAUUGUGCGCAUUAAAAGUGAUUCGUUUUCAUCAUUUAUUAAAAGUAGAAACGUUUGCUUUUUUCAAACCUAGCUGAGACCUGAACGAAACUAUAAGUACAGAGCCUGUGGCUAAAGUAUAAAAUGGGGCGACGUUAUAUUUACAGCAAAAAACGACGUGUAAGAAAAGUUCCAAAUAAUGUAGUAUUAGAAUUUGAAAAUGAAAAACAUUUAACAACUAAUUAUGUUCAUGAAACGCAUGAAACAAAAAGUGUACAAGCUCAUUCACGCACCGUUAAUCUUGACUCAGAACUAACAUUACCUCCUUCAACACCUACGAUAUCAUCAGAUAAUCGUCAUCUUGUUGGACUACACAAAAAAUCACCUAAUGGCGAUAACAGAUUUCUAGUAAAUUUGGAACAUCCUAUGACUUUGAAUUUAAAAAAAAAUAGUAUAGUAAUGGAGCAUCCAGAUGAUGAGGCAGAAAAACGACUGCACAAAAAUGAGUUCUGCAAAGUAGGUGAUACAGAAAUAAAACCAGAGGUAUUAAACAAGACAAUAUUAAACAAAAUAAAGAUAGAACCAUUGAAAAAAACUUCAAGUCCAAUAGUGAACAGCAAGACUAUUAGCCAAAUAGUGACUACAAAACAUUCAAGCAAUGUGAUAAAAAAUAAUCGAACUUUUAUACUAGUUUCAAAGACAUCUCUUGAUGAUAUAGAAAAGAAUCCUAUAAAUCUAAUACCUAAUGCAAAUUUGAAACAAAUAUCUUUCAAAACACUUGGAGCAAGGCUAUCAAAUUCUCAAAUGAAAAAUGUUAUAGUUCAACAUAAGCCUGUGCUAUUACCAAAAUUAGCAUCUGCUACCAGUUUAAAUCCAAUUGUAUGUGUAAGAGCACCAGACAAAGGAUUACAAGCUUCUGGGAAUGUUCAACACAAAUCUAUUCCAAAUAAAUUAACAUUUGCUUCUAUUUCAAACCCAAUCAUGUGUAUACAAAAAUCAGAACCACCAUCUAAUAGAAAUAUUUUAGUUCAAAAGCACAAAAUUGUCAAUAAUGUUGAAAAAAAAACUUUAGAUAUAAAUGUUUUAAAUGCAAUUUCUGAUGAAGAUACCAAAAGAGUGUACCCAGUAGCUUUGAAAGCAAAUAAUUUUAAGGAUAAUGGUGUUCUUGAAAUUUUCUCAAAUGAUGUUGACAGUGAAAAUGAGAUGCACAUACUAGGGAUUUAAGGCAUAAAUGCUUAUAAAAUAAAAUGAAAGACUGUUUGAAGUAGAAUAAUAAUAUAUGAAUAUUGUAAAUAAACAAAUACUAUCUAUUAAUUCUAAAUAAUUCGCAUACAAUUGUUGUGCAAGAGUUUGUAAACAAGAGUAAAUGCAGAAAAAUAUUUUGUAUAUAAUAAGUUUCCUUAAAUGUUGCCUUGUUGGAAUUUUCUUUUGAAAUUGUUUUAUUAAAAACAUUUAUAUCGUUUAAUAAAUGUUUAGUAACAAUAUGA